AUGAGUGAGUCAGAAGGCUCCAUUGAUAUGGCUUUAAAGCAAUUCACGAGGUUGAAUCCUUCUUCCUUUGAGGGUUUUGUGGAAGAUCGAGCAGCUGAGAAGUGGAUCGAUAGGCUUGAGACCAUCUUCUUAGUCAUGACCUAUACGACUAAGAAGAGGGUCCUUUUAGCCACUUUCAUGCUUGAAGAUGCAAUAGAUACUUUGUUUAAUUCUGGUGCCAUACACUAUUUUAUAUCUGAUGAUUGUGCUAAGAGACUAAAGUUGCAUGUGCUUGAAAUGCCAUUUUCCAUGAAUCUGUCUAUACUGGCUGGUGCAUCUGUGAGGACCAGUCAGGCUUGUUUGAAACUAAAAUUAAAGUUUGGUGAUAGAGUCACUGUUAUUGACUUGAUCUACUUACCUUUGAGUGGCAUUGAUGUGAUAGUAGAGAUGAAUUGGUUGUUUGCAAAUGGUGCGACACUCGAAUGUAAUAGAAAGAUAGUCUCCUUACCAAUUUACACAGCAACAUUUGUUAACCUUGAACCUAUCAAGUCAUUGUCAGUAAUGGACUAUGAGACUUUCAAGUUCUUGUCAGCCCUACAAGUAGAGAACUCAAUGAAAGAGGGUUGUCAGGUUUUUAUGGUCUACUGUUCUACACAUGACGUGUAUGAUGGAGGAAUUGACAUGAUUGGUGCAGUGAAUGAGUUCCUAAAGGUAUUUCAUGACCGAAUGUUAGGAUUGCCACCAGAAAGAGAGAUUGAAUUCUCAAUUGAUUUAGUACCCAAUAUCGAGCCAAUCUUUAAGGCUCCAUAUCGUAUGGCUCCUGUAAAAUUGGAAGAAUUGAAAAGGCAGUUAGAAGAGUUGUUAGAGAAAGGAUUCAUCUGGCCGAGUGUAUCACCGUGGGAAUUGCCUGUGUUGUUUGUAAAGAAGAAAGAUAGGAGUAUGAUAUUGUGCAUUAACUAUAGGUAA